UGAAUUGACGAGCCACCAGUGAGAGUGAGUGACACACAAUCGCCCAGAAAGCAAAAUAAGAAAACGCGCGCGAACGCUCCAUCCAAAUAAAAAGUGACGAAGGUCUGUGCAGUAAAAAAAGUCUAUGGACUAAAAUGGAUUACAGUUAUCGACUUUUAUGGCUCUUCUGCAUUUCAUUCGGACCUAUUCUAUUUUCUUUCGUUUCACUGCAGGAAAUUGCAAGUCCCGUUUUUCAAAACCACAAAACGAAAGAAUGGACAAAUUUAGAUAACAUUACAUUCUCUUUCGAUUGUACGAAACGUCCAGUUGGAUUCUACGCCGACAUGGAAUACAAUUGUCAAAUAUUCCACAUGUGCGACGAAGAGGGUAAUCGUAUUCCACACUUAUGUGCCAAUGAAACAUCAUUCAAUCAGGAGUAUCGAAUUUGUGAUUGGGAUUACAAUUUCAACUGCACCGAAUCUCCGAAAUGGUUUUACUUGAACGAACUUACAUAUGCCACAGAGCCCCCGGACGAAGAUGAAGACUAUUAAUUGGUCGAGUUCGUUUGACCACUCAGAACUCAAUGCAAAUGUGUUCCUGACGCACAACCCAGCAUGGGUGACCCAAAGCAAUACUCCAACGGGGUGAUUAUUCAAACCUGUAAACAAGUGUAAAAAAGUUAACAAUCAAUUAAUAUAAAUUGAUGUAUGUAUAAAUGUUGUAUGUAUUUAAUGUGUGUAAGUUUAUUUUAUUUUACUUGUGUAGCUUUUGUAAAUUCGUCACUAUCUUAUUUUAUGUCCACCUACAACUGUAAAUCGAAACCUAACUGUUGUGUAGUGUAAUGCCUUUCUUUCGUGGAAAGGAAAAUGUUGUUGAUAUUUUAGCCAAUAAAUAGUGUGUUGAAAAUGUUGUAAAUUGAAUAACUAU